AUGCGCGUCAUCUCCUCACAAUCUCUGCAAACUUUUGCGCGAUCGAGGACUCAGCAGCCUCUGAGCCAGGUGUGUCGCGCUUGCAGCGCUCGAAACAUUCACCAAUCAGUCCGAGUACCUGCAAUCACCUCCUCACACGCUCGGCGGCGGCCUAUCCUACAGCCUGGCUUCCAGCAAGCAGCACCUGUGGCACCGAAGCGGUCGAUAUACAUUCAGACGCAGUCUACGCCCAAUGCCUCGGCCCUAAAAUUCCUCCCCAACCACCCUGUCCUGCCAGAAGGAUUUCCUUCAACCUUCCUAGAAUAUAACUCUCCUCGGUCGACACUGGUCGCACCGCAUCCAUCACCUCUGGCGGCCCGGCUGCUUGAUGUUGACGGUGUGUCGUCGGUAUUCUACGGGCCAGACUUCAUCACGGUCACGAAGGCCGAGGACGUGAAUUGGGCGCACGUCAAGCCCGAGAUCUUCUCACUCAUAACCGAAGCGAUCACGUCUGGCGAGCAGCUUGUCAACACGACGGAUAAGACUACGUCGGAAGACGGUCAAGGUGGUCUGGGAGAAGACUCAUUGGCUGCCAACGACGAGGAUGACGAGGUGGUGGCCAUGAUUAAAGAGCUGCUGGAAACACGAAUCAGGCCCGCCAUCCAGGAAGAUGGCGGCGAUAUCGAGUUCCGCGGCUUUGAAAAUGGGUUUGUCAACUUGAAAUUGCGAGGCGCUUGUCGAACCUGUGAUUCGAGCACGGUGACUUUGAAGAAUGGCAUUGAAUCUAUGCUGAUGCACUAUAUCGAAGAAGUCAAGGGCGUUAACCAAGUGAUGGACGAGGAAGAGGAGAUUGCGAUGAAGGAGUUUGCCAAGUUCGAGGAAAAGCUCAGACAACAGAAAGGACCUGACGCAGUGGCCUCGACGGUCGGUAAAGGCAGCCUUGACUUUGUCGAAUGA